AUGAAAAGAGGUGCAGCCCCAGUUUCCGAAAGAUUAUUGAAAAAGGUCAAACAAGGUAGUGGUAAGACUGCUACAAGUGGUGAAGAGAAGAAGAAGGCAUCAUCUUCAUCAAGUGCUGAAAAAAAAGUUGAAAUACAAUAUUGUAAUGUACCAUUGAUGAUUGAACCAGAAUCGGAGGAAGAAGAACCAAUUCUUCAACCAGCUGAAAUUAAAAAGGAACAACUUGUGAUGAAGCAUACACCAAAGGAUGGUAUUGAAUUGAUGAAAAAUCCAAAAUCUAAUGAUUCCAGAGCUCAAGGAAAGUCAGUAUUAGACUGGGUUUAUGCACCAAUAGAUAUGGAUAAAUUAUAUCAAGAAUUCGUAGAGAAGAGAGUUUUGGUAAUCAGAAGAAAUGAAGUAUAUCCAGAUUACUACAAGGGAUUAUACAGUUUGGAUGAAAUUAAGAAAACUCUUGUGGAUCAUGAACUUAGAUAUUCUUACGAUUUGGAUUUGGCUCUCUAUAGAAAUGGACGUCGUUUCACAUUGAAUCCUAAUAAGGAUGAUGUUGCUGAUCCAACAUUAGUAUGGGAUUUAUAUGAAAAUGAAAAGUGUUCCAUUAGAAUGUUGAGACCACAAGAACACUCUGAUGUCUUGUUGUCUUUAUUGUGUCAUUUUGAAGAAUAUUUCGGUCAAGGAGCUGGUUUGAAUGCUUAUUUAACACCUGCUGGUUCUCAAGGAUUUGCUCCUCAUUACGAUGAUAUUGAAGCUUUCCUCAUUCAAUUGGAAGGUGAAAAGCAUUGGAAGAUUUACAGACCUCUUGAAAAUCAACAAUAUUUGGAUAGAUUCAGUUCCAAGAAUUUCACUCAAGAAGAAGUUGCAGGAUUUGAAUGCUUUGAAAUCUUGUUAAAACCUGGUGAUAUGUUAUAUGUUCCAAAGGGUGUUAUUCACCAAGCUGUCACAUCACAAGAUCAGCACUCCCUCCACAUUACUGUUUCCACUUCACAUUUGAUGAGUUGGACUGAUUACUUGGAAAAGGCCCUUCCUUUGGCUCUCCAAAUGGCUACAGAAAAUCAUGUUGACUUGAGAACAGCUCUACCAAAAGACUUUAAAGAAUACAUGGGAACUAAUAUUGCUGAAUGUGAGGAUCCAAGAAGAGAGGAAUUCAUUUUAAAGUGUUCUGAAAUGGUUGGUCUUGUUAUGAACUCAAUUCCUAUGGAUCAAGCUGCAGAUGAAAUGGUCAAGAAAUUCAUGCAUGAUAGACAUGUGUCGAGUGGUCUUUCAAUUUUGAGAGAAAAAUCAAAUAAGGAUCAACAAAUUAGUGAGGCAACUGUUUCAAAGUUGAAGGUCAGACUUGCCACUGCUAACACUGCUCACAUUGUUAUUGAUAAUUUAUCGGAGGAGAAAUCUGAAAACCAAGAAGAGGAAGAAGAAGUCUUUUCAAUUAUUUAUUCAUCUCAAAAUACCAGAGUUUACCAUGAAGUUGAACUCCAACAUUUGGACUUGGACGGAAUCUUCUUGGAAGCUGUUCAAACCAUUUUUACUGCCUAUCCAAAGAGUGUCAAGGUUGCUGAUCUUCCAAACCUUUCAGAUGAAGAAAAGGUCAUGUUGAUCGAACAAUUAGUGGGAGAAAAAAUUGUUGAACUUGCUUAA